UCCAAGCAACUGAAACGCAAAAUACUUAGUUUGCAGCAUUCAUUUCGCUAUUUACAUUUAAAAGCAUUUUUUCCAUUGUAUUGUAAAAACCUUUUUUGCAUUUAGCCGCACUGUUUCGAUUAUGAUACAAAUGUAUCUGAUAUGAUAUACUGUCAUUUUUACACAGUAAACAUAUUUUGACCGCAAUUAUAUCUGAUAAAUCUUUUGAAGAUUACUAAAAUUUCUUCAUUGACGUGUCUGAAUGAUGAAAGGAUCAUGAAAGAAUAUCAAAUUAUGUUUAUCUGUCAUCCACUUUUUGCAAUAGUGGCAAAACUUAUUUUGACAUAAACCAGUAUGUUAUCAUCUACAUUUGAGCACGGUCAACAUUUACAGUGAAAUUAAAGUGCACGACUGCAAUAGAAAUUAUUAUAUGAAUAACAAUUGUGUAAUAUUUACUAAGCUGUAGGAUUAGGAGUACCAAAAUCUGCAUAAGAAAUGGCAGUGUCAGGACGUAAAAUGUCAGAUUUUCAAGGCUCAAAAACACUAGGAUCAGCAGAGGACUUUGACCACAGUUGUCAGCCUUGUCUUAUCAUUGGUCAGCAUGUAGCAGCUCACGGAUUUUGUGUGGAAUGCCAGGAAUAUCUAUGUAAAACUUGCUUUGAAUGUCACAAGAGGACAAAAGCCUCACGGAAUCACGAACUUCUUGAUAAAGACAACGUUGGUAAACAUGUCAUUACCAAUAAAGGUUCUGAGGAAUGUACAGAAAAAUGUUCUGUGCAUAAAAAGGAAAAUAUCAAAUUUUUCUGUCCAACACACAAGGCUCUUGGCUGCAAUGACUGUAUCAUCUUGGAUCAUCGGACAUGUGAGAUUGAGUACAUACCCGAUAAAUGUGCAGGUAUAGGGGACAGUGAGGAAUACAGGGAUAUCAUGAAGAAUCUGAGCGAGAAAAUGAAAGACGCAGAGGAUAUCAUGAAGAAAGCUGAAGUAAGAGAUAAAGAAAUAGAUAAAUGCCAUGCUGGUAUUAUCAAGGAAAUCCUCAACUUCAGGAAGGAAAUAAAUGAGUGCCUUGAUCAACUGCAACAAAAAAUUCAGAAAGAUGCUGACAAAAAGAAAUCCAACGAUAAAAUAAUAAUUCAGAUGGUACUUGAUGAAUGUGCAAAUGUCUCUUCUGAUAUCAAGAAAUUACAGUCAAGUUUACAGGUUGACAGGUCGUUAGGACAGAACGGGCAGCUUUACAUCACCAUGAAACGUGCUGAGUCUAAACUGAAGUCAGAUGUAGUGCAGAAGGCAGGCGAAAAUUUAGCGAAGACAGACAUGCAAUACACAUUUGAACGGAAUGCUGAUGUUGAAAGUAUGUUGUCCAAACAUAGUGUUUUUGGGAAGUUAAACUUCAGUACUAGCUUCGUCACGUCGACAAAGAAGAAACACAUUAAAACUCUAACACACAAAGAAGAUAUAAAUGUAAGAACAAAGUCAGAUUCCAGUUUGUAUAACUGCUGUAUCAUAGGAUGUGCCAUCUUACCUUCUAACAAACUUGUACUGGGUGAUUGCAAUGAAAGCAAGCUAAAAGUUGUAGACAGACAGAGUAAAACUUUGAUAGAAGAGAAACAUCUUGACAACAAACCAUCGGACAUUGCUGUUUUGUCCCAGAACCUGAUUGCAGUAACAGUAACAGGAAACGAAGAAAUUCUUAUAAUGAAAACAGCUGGUAAACUGACAACUGUUCGCAAGAUUCCACUUUAUGCUGAUUUCUGUGGUAUAACUUAUCGUCAAGAUCAUCUCUAUGCUGUUUGCCGCAAUCCUAAAAGAAUACUGGUAAUGGAUAUACAAGGUAAUGUCGAGAACACAAUCUCCCUGAAUAAUGAUAUAUUUUGUGCCCCACGCUAUAUUGUGGUAAGUAAGGAUUCCAGACAUAUCUAUAUCAGUGACUUUAAAAACGACCAUAUAGUCAGUAUAACAUUACAAGGUGAUGUAUCAGCUGUAUACAAUCACGAGAAUAUUAGUGAACCACAGGGAAUGGUGAUGUUAGAUGAUGGAUCAUUGCUGGUGUGCUGCUACAAUAGCACGAUUCAUCAUAUAUCAGGAGACUUGAAGCAAGGUCAGAUAGUGAUAGAUGGUCUAUCAUACCCACAGUCUAUAUGCUACAGUCAUCAUCAUGAUGAAGUCUAUAUUGGCUGCUGGGGUGAUCAGCUGAAAGUGUUUGGUAUGAAAUGAACAAUCACAACAACUAUAUCUAAGUAAAUUGAUAAAAUAAAUAACGAUAUAAAUGAUAUUUAACUGUCUGUUUGCAGUUAAAAUUAAUACAAGUUCAGGUUUCUAAUUACAUUUUAAUUUUUCAAAACAAAGAAAUAGUUGAUAAUAAGUAUUUCAAAAUAUUGGAUUUCUAUGCAGAAUAAAUCUGUACACAAAUUGAAUUGAUUAUGUAAAAGAAAAUUUACAAAAGACAAAUUAUAACUAAUGUAAUUUAAUGUUAUUUUACAUUAUUUUCAUUUCAUGUAACCAUAAUAUAUAUAGCUUUUUCACAUAUAUUAGUAUGAUAUCUGUGAUUUAUUGACUUUGAAUAUCGGAAUUGAAUUUCUUUGUUGUACAUUUUACAUAUGUUAGAUAUAUCUAUGAUUUAUUACCUUAUUAGUUCGAUAUUGAUUCUUCUUAUAGAUUAUAUCACAAGAUGACGGCUAUAUGUCCGGCCUCAGGGUACCUAUGUAAAAACAUACUAUUAUACUAAAAAAGAUAAAACUGAAGUUGAACUUUGUUAUUGUGCCUCAAUGAAACCUCAUGAGGUCACUUCUGCUUACGUUAAUUUCCCACGCUUUAUGAACAUACUCUACUGUAAGGAAUAGCGCUACACACUAUUUCUAUGUAAAAACGGUAUGCAAGAAAAAUAAUCUGUCAGAAUAAAUAUGCGUAUACGAUAUGCAAGAAAGUUAUCAUUUAUGCGUUUACGAAAAAGAUAGAAAUAUCCGUCCCUCUGGAAUCUGCACAUGGGCGGUAACUCGGCAAGCCUAGUUACCUUCCAGUAAGCAGGUGCCCUUAUGACGAAUAUAUCUAUCCAGUUCGUAAACAAAUGACCGAUAUUAUCACUCCAAGUAUUUGGAAUCAUUUUACGGCAUAUAAGAUAUUCUCUUGAGAAUGAAUUUUCUUUUCAUCACUGGCGUGGUUGUUUAUGUGAGAUUUUUAAUGAAAAACAAGUAAAUGAAGUAUUGCCAUGCAAUACAAAAUCCCCUACUGGAAAACAUCUAAUUUUCUCCACUGCAGAAUAAGAUAAUGAACUGGCCCCGUCUUCACAAAACAUUUUGAAUCUCAGCUGAGUUUGAUAAUGAAACUUUAUUUGUCAUUUAUAUCUAAAUAGCGUUUUUAAAACAAAAUUUUAAGUUGACAUCUAUUUUCAAAUGACUAUUCAAUACUGAUGGUCAGUCUCAGUUUGAAUUAAACCUGGAAAAUUUAGCAAAAUUUCAAACUCAAACUCUUUUGAGACCGAAAAAUGCUUUGUGACCACGUGGCCUGAUAUCUAUCAAUGAUGUAUAACAAUAUUGCACUAUAUAUACAAUAUGUUAUAACAAGACACUUGGAUUAAAAUUUGCAUAUGCA